UUUCUAGUCACCCCCCGGGUGUGUGUGUGUGUGUGUGUGUGUGCGAAUUAGCCCUGCGGGCGCCACAGCAGCAGCAGCAGCAGUGUCCGCGCUGACGGAAGUGAGGUGAACUCGUCCAUGAAGUGAGUCGUCCGCGAGCUGUAUCGUUUCGAGAAAUAAACAGAGAGAGAGAGAGUGAGAUCGUUCGAAAAGCCACCCCGAAAACACCCCAACCAUGAAGAGUCUGAAAAAUCCAAGAGUAUGGGUGGGCAUGAAGCCGGUUCGGGCCCAUCUGGACACGGCCAAGUUUUUGUUCUUCUACGGGCCAAAAUUCGAAGAUCAUGAGAUCUUCGAUCUGGAAAAGGCCGAGGAGAUCCUGCUGCACGGUCGGUUCGACAAGAACAAGAAGACGGUGAUGUACUUCCACGGCUACAUCGAAUCACCCGAGGUGGAAAGCGUGCACGUGAUUGCCGAUGCGUACCUGAAGCGUGGAGAUCACAACGUCAUCAUCCUGGACUGGGCUCAACUGGCCGACGGAAACUAUUUGCUUGAAGCCGUACCCAACUGCAAGAAGCUUGGAAGCCACCUCGGUGCUGUGGUCUUGCGGAUGAUCAACGCGGGUUUGGACGAGAACAAGCUACAUCUCGUGGGGCACUCGCUCGGAGGUCAGCUAUCCGGCUACAUAGGACGCACUGUAAUAUCACAAUCGGAGAAGAAGAUCAAGCUCAACAGAAUUUCGGCACUCGAUCCAGCCUUCCCGCCGUUCUAUCCUGGUAUCUUCGCCACUGCCCUUAGCUCCAAGGACGCUAACUUCGUAGAUGUCAUUCACACCGACGCGUGGCUGUACGGUGCUCCGGUUAGCACGGGUACGGCCGAUUUCUGGCCAAACAACGGCAAAACCCUGCAACCUGGUUGCCCGAAGCGCAACUAUAAACUGCUCACCGACAACGCCAAAGCAUUCCGGCAGAACUCGCCCGAAGAUUUGUGCAGCCAUCGACGCUCGUGGUGGUUCUGGGCAGAGAGUGUCGCUGAACGCAACGUAGAGUCAUUCCACUCGGUCCGGUGCAAGUCGUGGGACGAUUUCAAGGAUGGCAAGGUUGACCGUUCGGCGGCAGUUGUGCACAUGGGAAUCGAUUGCAGUUCCGAAACCUUUCGGAAGGGCCGAAUCAUCGACAUGAACAAACCGAAGAGCAUCUUCAAGGCCGGCUUCAAGACGAACCAGCAGACGGCGAUCAUCAUCCACGGCUUCAAUGGGACGCAGACGAGCCGGCACAUCAUGUUCCUGAAGGACGGAUUGGAUCCGGCGAGGCCGUUGAUAGAGAAACACGCUUCGAAAAAGUUCCGAUUGACUCGAGAUGACGCUCGUUCCGUGCAGGUUAUUCACACAAACGCCGGUCUGCUGGGUCAAAGCUCGUUUAGUGGACGAGUAGACUUUUGUAUAAACGGUGGCCAAGUGCAGCCGUACUGUGAAGGCGAUCGGAUAAACGCCCAGGCGCAGCAUCUUCUGGCGCAGGCCCUCUACCUGGGCGAUCCGGAUUCGUACAACACCACGCGGGAGGAUUGCGUGUGGAAACGCGGCAACGGACAGGACGUCUGUCCGGAUCAGGACAUCGGCAUCUUUCUCUACACGUCCGGCAUCGUGCGGGAUAAGUUUAAGUUCGACCAUCGGCUUCGGGACUGGCUGAACAACACCGAAUGGGACCAUGCGAAGGAGAACAUCAUACUGAUACACGGGUACGCCGGUGGAGAUGACACGCUGCCGAUUGCGGUUCUACGAGACGCGUACAUCAACCACGGCGGGUACAACGUGUUUCUCGUCGAUUGGGGCGCUCUCUGUCAGCCGCCGUGUUAUGUGGCGGCCGUCUACAACAUCCGUCCGGUUGCAACCUGUCUGGCGCAGAGCCUAAUGCAGCUGAGGGACCUUGGUUUGCCGGUUGAAAGGACGACUUGUGUGGGUCACUCGCUUGGGGCGCACAUUUGCGGGUUGAUGGCGAACUAUCUCAACUUCCGGAUGGAGCGUAUCAUCGCUCUGGAUCCAGCGAGACCACUAAUCAAGCCGGGUGGAGUGAAUCGACUAGAUCAGGGUGAUGCAAAGUACGUGCAGGUGAUACACACUAACGCCGGUCACUACGGUGAAGGAGGUCGCGUAGGUCACAUCGAUUUCUGUGUGAACGGUGGACGACGCCAGCCCUACUGUGGCAACAGCACGAACAUCAACCUGUGCAGUCACAUUUGGGCCAUCUGCUACCUAGCCCAGUCACUGUACGAGGGUCACGAACCUAUGGCGGAACCGUGCAGUCGACGGUGUCCUUCGAAUGCAGUCCUGUCGGGGGUUCGUGAAGGACGUCGACGAUUCGGGUACGCGAUGGGAUACGCCAUCCCGAUGGGGCUAAGGACUCCACCAAAUGCCUCCGGCUCGUACUGCAUCAAAGACAUCAAUCCACCGUUCUGUCCAUCGAAACCCUCGAUGCCCGGGGAUCAGCGGUUUUGCAUCUCCUGCCGCAAGGCCAUACACUCCAAUGUAACUGUUCGAUCGUCGAUCGAUCGUGAGCCACUCGUACGUCGUCACUUUACACGGUGUGUAGGGAAAAUGUGCCAUUUCCAUCGGAACGGAAGCUCAUCGCCGCUGGCUCAAUUGUGCCGGGUGUUUUCACUGAUUCUACUGACCACCGGAAGUGCGUUGGUGCGUGGACACGAGUUCACGAUCGGACCGUGCCAAUUCCAGUAUCUAGAACCGUGCACCUCCAAAACGAUUGCAUUCUACGUUUUCUCCAGCGAGCAUCCGAAAGACGGACCAAUUCUGCUAGAUGCGAUCGAUCCACACGUACCGGAGCAUAUUCCGCUUAACCAAACCAACAAACUGAUCGUGCACGGAUACGGCGGUAGCAUCGAUUUCAAUGCAACGAAAAUGAUUCGUAAAGCGUACCUGCGGAAACCAAACACAAACGUCUUCAUCGUCGAUUGGGGCAAGCUUUCCCGAUUGCCGUGCUAUCCAACGGCUGCCUUCAACACCAAACAGGCAGGCGAAUGUACGGCCACGUUCCUCCUGGGUCUGCAGGCGAACCAUCCGGAGUUUAGCACCCGCGAUCUACACGCCAUCGGUUUCAGUCUGGGGGCGCACGUGUUGAGCUUCACCAGUAACGCGCUGGAGAAAUCGAUUGGCGUCAAAUUCCGUCGUAUCACAGGUCUCGAUCCAGCUCUACCGUUCUUUGCCACGGCCAGACCUCACUGGAAGCUGGAUCAGGGCGAUGCGGACUUUGUCGACGUCAUACACACGAAUGCGGGUGUCUACGGGAAGAUCGAGACAUGCGGCCACGUGGACUUUUACAUGAACGGCGGUCAAAAUCAGCCCGGUUGCGAGAACGAUCCAAAUCAACCUCUGUGCAGCCACAUGAUGUCCGCCGCCUACUUUGCCGAAUCGAUCAACAGCAAGCAUGGUUUCUGGGCGACUCGCUGUACGAGCUAUUUUGCAUACUUUUUCGGCUUCUGUAAGUAUCGCGUCGAGCAACAGCAACAGCAGCAGCAAGCGCAACCAACGUCGAUGAUCGACGAGGAAGAUAGCACCAGGCAGGAAGAGUCGUCGCAACCUGGCGUGGCUCUCGGCGAAGCCAACAAUGAGUACGAUAGCGAUCGCAUACUGAUGGGCGAGUACUGUUCGAAUACUGUCGAAGGAGUGUACUUCGUUCCGACGAACCCUAAAUCUCCAUUUGCCAUGGGUUUUUGAAUGGAGUAUGCUUUUGCAACCAGCUGUCCUCUGAUCCCCGAUGCAUGAAGGAGAUUCACCUUGACCACUGUCGAUCGCCAUCUUCCGCAGAAGUGACACGGUGUCAGGCAAGCUUGCCAAAUUAUCGUGUUGAAAAUUACCGUUACGAUGCAUCCGAGUGUGCAGAAACAAUGCACCGGAAAGCCGUAGGCGUGAGAAGCAUAAUAAAUGCGCCACCAGCGAACCAUACGGAACUACCAAGUGACUACCGUCUGUGAAGUCCUCUAGAUCGAGAGAUUUCACCUCAUUCACCAAGUCCGCGAUCGACCACGUUGAGGUAUUUAAUGUUCGCAUCGUAAACCCUGGGGAGCGGUGUAAAAAAAACCCAAACCAACAUACUCGCACAAACUCGCAUAAAAAGGAGACUCGAAAAAGUGGAAAUGAAAAAUAGAGGGCAACGGUGAGCAGCCCUCAUUACCGGGGGGUUGCGUGGAGACUCUCGGGGGCUUGGACUGCCCAGUGCAAUCAAGGGACGAGAGAACGAGUCAAAAUAAAGGCACAAAAUGAGCGCUGAAUCUAAGCGUAA